UAAGAGGGAUUUAAAAAAGGAGAAUAAUUUGCCUUUGCUUGGGAUUUGAGACUGGGAGAGGGCUGAAAGGCUAAUCUCUGGGCUGCCACUAUGCAGAUCUCUUGGGCUGCAUGCUCCAUCUGGGUGCUGAUCCAAACGGCCGUCCGCUCGGUAGAAGGGUGGCAAAUGUUUAAAAACGAUGCUACAGAAAUCAUCCCGGAGCUCCCUGAAAACACAGAAACCCCGGCGGAGGAGACGUACAGCAACAACAACAACACCAUGAACCAGGCGAAACACGGGGGCCGGCAGCCGCCGCAGCCUCUGGAUCCAAACGAUGCUUCCGAUUUCACCUGCAGAGAGCUGCGCUUCACCCGGUAUGUCACUGAUGGGCCCUGCCGCAGUGUCAAGCCCAUGAAGGAGCUGGUCUGCUCAGGCCAGUGUGUCCCCUCCCACCUCCUCCCUAACUCUAUUGGCAGAGGGAAAUGGUGGCGCCAAAGUGCCCUGGAUUACCGCUGCGUCCCCGCACACGCCCGGACCCAGCGCAUCCAGCUGGCCUGCCCCGAGGAAGAGACUCGGACUCACAAAAUCCGAGCGGUCACCGCCUGUAAAUGCAAGCGCUACACUCGCUACCACAACCAGUCCGAGCUGAAGGAGUUUGCGAAGGAAACCGCCCGGCCUCCGAAGAACAAGAAGCCGCGUCUCUCCAGAGCGAGGAGCAGCAAAUCCAAUCAGCCGGAACUCGAAAACGCCUACUAGAAGGUCCCUUCCGAGAGGUACAGCCCAGCAGCUCUGGAUAGUUUUGCAUUUCACCAAAUGGCAGAGACAGGCCACAGAGGAAAGUCCUGAAUGCAGUGGUCUCCCAUUCCUCCUUCACGGCUAGGUCAAAGGCUCUUGUAGUCCAAACCGAUCAGAUUUUAGCAGCUGUGGUCUGAUGAAAGAGAGAAACUGAGCUGGUGGGAGCAGCACCUAAAUUCAAUCUGCAAGGAGCGUUCGCCGGGGAAUUUGCAUGGGGUUUUGUGGUGUGCACACUACAGAAGGCAGAGGAAGCAAAGGUUUUAUUGUGACUGUUCCGUAUAUUACACUUUGCAAGAGGUCGUUAUCCUUAAUUUGUCUGAACAGAGCCUUGAAGGUCCUCUCUAAAGUCCGUCAGGCAGGACAGGAAUGAUAGGAGGGAAACAACAGAAGAGUCAGUAAUCUGUGAGUUAGCAUGAACAGCAUGUCCUGCUUUGGGCAGGGGGCUGGACUCACUCCCCCGGAGCAUCUGGCAUUAGCCACUGUUGGCAGACAGGACCCUGGGCAAGAUGGACCUUUGGUUUGACCCAGUGUGGCCGUUCUUAUGUUCUUAUAUUGAAACCAAUCAUGCUCACAUGCUAGAGUGUAAGGCAGAUGGCCCAUGGCAGCUCCCUUCCAAGCCCCAUAACUCUAUCUUUUAAAGUUAUAUCAUAGAAUCAUAGAAUCAUAGAACUGGAAGGGACCUUGAGAGAUCAUCAAGUCCAGUCCCCUACCCUCC